AUGCUAGCUAAUCGGUUGAAACUUGUUUUAAAUAAGUGUGUUUUGGAGAAGCAGUCGGUUUUAGUUGAAGGGAGGUCCAUUCUUGAUAAUGCUAUGGUGGCCACGGAAAUUAUUCAUGCUUUAAAAAGAAAGACAUGCGGUAACAAAGCCCAUCUGGCCUUAAAGAUUGAUAUUAGUAAAGUCUAUGAUAGAGUUGAUUGGGGGUUUCUUCGGGGAAAAGGACUGAGACAAGGAGAUCCUUUAUCGCCAUUACUUUCAUCCUCGUUUAUGAAGGUCUCUCUGCUCUUAUUAGAGGCGCAGUUGCCAGCGGAGACAUUCAUGGAGCACAGAUAUGCAGGAGGGACUAACCUUAUGAAGGUGACAAAUCUCAUGGAGAUUCUUAAAAUUUAUGCAGCGACGACAGGUCAAGAGAUUAACCUGUCUAAAUUAGAAGUUUUCUUUAGUCGCAAUAUCAGUGGUCCAGAUCAGGAUGAUUUAGCCAAUGUGAUGGGGGUGAGGCGAGUUUUGGGUACAGGAAAGUAUUUGGGGGUACCUUCCAUGAUUGGUAGAAGUAAGAAGGCGGUGUUCUCUUUUAUUAAGGAUAGGAAAAAAUGCUUAAUUCAUUUUGGUGGGGGUGGUCGCAAUAACAAAGGCAUAAGGUGGUUGGCUUGGGAGAGGAUGACUAGCUCGAAAAGUGAAGGAGGUAUGGGUUUUCGGGAUUUUAAAGCCUUCAAUAUGGCUAUGGUAGCAAAACAAGGAUGGAAUAUUUUGGCAAAACCAAACUCUCUAGUGGCUAGAAUCUUCAAAGCAAGUUUAUGGAAGACAAAAGAUGUUCUAAAACUUGGUAGUAGGUGGAGUAUUGGAGACGGUAGCAAUAUUAAGGUUAUGUAUGAUCCAUGGCUCCGAGAGAAAGGAAGGUGGUUUAUUAAUGGCCCGCAAGUUCAAGGCACGUAUGAUCUCUAUGUUAAAGAUUUUUUGCUUCCUUACAUUAAGCAAUGGAACGUAGGCAAGAUAAAUCAAAUUUUUGAUAACGAAGGGGCUGAAGUUAUCCUUAGAGUUCCUUUAGUAGAAGAUGUGGUGGAAGAUAAGUUGAUUUGGCAAGAGGAGCAUAAUGGUGAAUAUAGUGUGAAAUCGGGGUAUAAACUUUGGAAAGGGUCGCAAAGUAGCACUCGAUCCUAUAGCAUUGAGGGUAGCUGGAAAAAUCUUUGGAAUAUUAUCACGCCAUCAAGAGCUAAGCAUCUUUUAUGGCAGAUUUGUAGGGACUGCCUUCCGACGCGCGUUAAUGUACAACAACGGCAUGUCCAAUGCCUGUGGUGUGAUUUAGAGGAUGAGGAUGAGUGCCGUGAGGACCAUAGGGAUGCAUGUAGAUUUGCUGUUUUGCUCGAGACUCUUUGGAGGAGUAAGAGUAAUGUGGUUUGGCAAGAUACACGGGAUGAUGCUAUAAAGAUUAGUUUACAAGCAUACCAUAAUUGGUACGAUUGGUUCUUAGCUAAAGAUGAGCAUAAAUCGGGUGUGGCUAAUAAUUUAUCAACAGUUUGGAUUCCUCCUACGGCUAACCAUUUGAAAUGUAAUGUUGACGCAGGUUUCAAUAAUGUGUGUGGUACAACAAACAUUAUUUUUGAAAGUUUAUUUCCACAAGUGUGUCUUGGGAUGUGGGUCUUCUUUCCGUUAUUGAAGCUGAAGCUAUCGCUUUGA